AUGUGCAGCAGCAUAUACAAAGUGCUGCUGCUGCUGUCAGCAGCAACCUUGCUUCUUACCUCCGUCCCUUCGGGUGUAUGGGCAGCAGCAGAGAAGAGCAGCAAAUCGCGUUUUGAGGGUGCAGCAAACGAAAAAGCAGCAAUCACGCAGCUAAAGCAGCAGCAGCAGCAGCAACAGCAGCAGCAGCAGCAGAGCUUAACACAGCAGCAGCAGCAGCAGCAAGAGCAGCAGCUGCAAGAUGAUGCAGAGUUCUCCUUACGCCGCGGUUGGUAUAAAUUAGCUCAAGAGAUCAUCCUUCACUCACACAUUGUUGGUGCGGAUGUUGGGUAUCGCGUGCGGAGUGUAGUGAGGGAAAUAAGAAAUGAUUUGUUAGAAGUUGAACGUCUCCUUAGCAAGCAACACGAUGCAGUCGCAGUGUACGUACAGCAGCAGCAGCAGCAGCAGCAGCAGUAA